GAAGUAACUACUACAAUUCCAAUAUGGCGGACUACUUAAAUGUGUGAAACAAUAAGUUUAUUGAAGAAAGUAAUUUUAAUAUUAUUAAGUUAUUUGAAUUUUUAAAAAUAUUCUUCGAAGCUACAAUGCUUCUUUAUUGUAUGGUAGGGAAUAUUACUAGUGCAGUCAGUCGGUGAUUAUUAAAAUUAACCUGAAAGCUGUGUUGUUGCUGGAGUAAACACCAAACAUGGCGUCAUCCUUGAAUGAAGAAAGUGUUGAAAGAAAACUACAUGCUGUUAACAACACGCAAGAUGGCAUUCAAAGUAUGUCAUUAUGGAUUAUUCAUCAUAAAGCGCAUCAUAAGAAGAUAGUCGAUUUAUGGCUAAAAGUCUUGAAAAAAGAUAAAACUGCUCACCGCCUUACUUUGUUUUAUUUAUGCAAUGAUGUGGUGCAGAACUGUAAGAAAAAGCAAGCAAAAAUCUAUAUGGACACUUUCAAAAAUGUAUUGAAGGAUGCUGCAUAUUUUGUUAGAGACACAACCAUAAAAUCAAAUGUGAGUCGGAUAUUUAGUAUAUGGGAAGAACGCAAUGUUUAUGAUUCCAGCUUUACAUCUGAACUAAAAGAUAUAUUAGAGAAUGAUGCUCAUUAUCAACAUCAGCAGCACCUUUCACAACACCGACAUGGUCACACAUCUUUGUCACCCAAGCUGAAAUCAUUGCAAUCAAAAUUGCAAUCAACUAAAGUGCAAUCAACAAAAAUGCAACCAACAAAAGUGCACCAUUCGAAAAUUCAGCAGCAACAACCAACUCAACAAUCACAACUAACUCAAGUUGAUGAAAAGAAUAAAUCAAAUCAUCUGCAAAUACUUGCUGAAUUUAAAACACAAAAAAUGCUUGAAAAAGUUGCAUCUAUGACUAAGCUGGAAUCAGAGGGUGAACUAAAAUUUGUUCAGUUAUCAACACUACGUUUAGAUGUCUCCAAUUUGGAAGCUGUCAAACAACUAAAAGACCGAGCACAUGGAAAAGAAUUUUCACGCCAAUUUGAAGAUGCCUGUAACAAACUGGAUGACUACGUUGUGAGUUUACAGAAAGAGAUAGACCAUAGGACUGCCAUGAUAACCAUGCUUGAGCAGAGUGAACUGUUCUAUGAAGACCAGUAUCGGGAGGCUAAGAUAGUUGCCAAUGCAUAUAAAAACUUUGGUUCUAGAGUUGCAAUUGUGAAAAAGAAACUCGAUGAACUGAAGUUGUCAUUACCAGAUCCAGCUAGUCCUCUGCCUUCACCUACACCUGAUGCUCCAUCACCUAGUAGUACUCCACCAGCAGACGUAGAUACACAACAAGAUAACACAGAAGCAAUUGAUAUGGAACUUUCUGAUUCUGACAAUGAUGAAAGUGAUGCAACUCGAAAUAUAUUAGGUAACUUAGCUUCAAAGCUUUUACCUUUCAAUACUUUUGUUGUUGUCAAUGAAACUGCAACAUCAUCUCCACCUCCUCCUUUUCCUCUUCCUUCUCCACUUACUCCUUCAACUGCGUGUCCUGUGGUUGCCCUGACUACUACUACAAAGAGCAUCCUACAGCCGAUCUCAAGUGUUACUGAGAUCAUUGGAAUGCCGGCUAUCGAAAGAAAAGCUGAAGCUUCUCCUAAAUCUGUGUCGUCAAUCCCUCCUCCCUCACCUGAUUCCAACCGCACUGUAGACCUGAAAGACAAUGUUGAGGAAUCCUGUGAAUCACCACUUGAUUCUGCUGUCAGCCAACCAAGUAAAGAAUGUAACAGCUUGGAAAAAAGAAUAGCUAGUAUGUUACCAAAUCUACCAAUCGCUAGCAAUAUUUCUAGUCCUGUAGAGGAUAUCCAGCGUCAACAACCAUCGCCUGUGUCCUCUUCUUCAUCAAAGAAAGAACAUCGCUAUCAUUCUGACCGUAAACACCUAAGAAGUGGUAGUGAUGUAGUACCAGAUGACACUUCAGAUUGGCUUGACCAUUCUCCUGUGCUAUCCAGUCGAAGUACAACUAGUCCAAGUCAUUCUUCACAUAAAACAAGUCACAGAAAACUUCCUUCCAGUAGUAAUUUGCACAAUUCAACCUCUUCAUCCUCCUCAGGUCGAGUACCAGCUUAUAACUCUCCUCCUUUGUCAAAUGAUGAAGGUAGUAGUACUCCACUUAAUGAUGAAGGUGGAAGUACACCUGUACAGGAUGAAAAAGAAGAGCAAACUACGAGAGAAAAUCCUAUUGAUUUCUUGACCAAACUCAUUAAUCAAACCCAGAAGUCUCCCAAAACCAGUACUGCUAGUUUCCUUCAGAACUUAAUGAAUACAGGAAUGAAACCAUUCACUUCAUAUGAUGACAGCAAAAAUAAGGACUCUUCUGUUGAUCUCAACCAACCUGCCAUGCCUCCACAGAUUCCCCCACCUCCUAUGGGGCCAGGACCUGUUUCGCUACCAACUCAAUCUUCCUUACAAACCUCAUCCUCCCAGCACAAUCAGACUACUUCCGCUCAGUCAUGGGCAGCCUGGAAAGCUAAACGUGGUCCUUCUGAUGAUAUUCCUAAUCUCAUCACAAGUGCACCUCCCCCGCCCCCUCCCACCAUGCCACCUCCCAUUAUUUCUCCACAACGGCAUGAGCAAGUUGGACUAGCUUCUAUUCCACAACGACCUGAUCUGUCAACUCUGCCUCCAAUGAUGGGGCCACCACCUCCACCUGAUCGCCUUCCAGGAAUGUCAGGAAUGCCUCCACUUCCUCCAGACUCACUCCCUUCCGUAGCACCAGUUCCUCCUCCAGACUGUCUUCUGCCUGGAAUGGUUACUCCACCUUCAGAAGGAAUUCCUCCGCCAGGUAUGCCACCUAUGCAACCGCCUGAUGGCAUGAACAAUAUGCAAAGGCGGGACCAGAUGGUAUUACCUGGUGGUAUUCCUGGAAUGGCCCCUUCUUUCCAUCCACCAGAGAAUCCCAUUGCUCCACAAAGCCCGUGGAAACAUGAUAUGGGAACUCCUUAUUGCGCUGUUAGUAACACUACUGAACACCCAGAUGGUUAUAACAGCAGUCCCCAGAGUCAAACAAGUCCUGAACCCUGCUCUAUACCUCUACCUUGGAUGAAUCAUCCACCUCCCCCACAUGAUACCAGCAUACCUCCACCUGUAAACUUGGGGCCUCCACCUCAUGCUCGAGGACUCAACUGUUCUGUUUUACCAGAUUAUUCUGGUUCAGCUGACAAUAUUUCUACUUUGACUGAUACAAUGCAGAGUUCUAAGACUAGCUCUCAGUCUUCCUCUCCUAACAGUAAUGGGGCCUCUGGCUACACUAGCAGAGUAAACCGUGUACUUUCUCAAUCAGAUUUUCCUGAUGACCAAAGAGAAUUCAUUGAAAAAUUAAAAAGGAAAUCUAGUAAUCUUGUUACUCCGCCAAUUGUAGAUUCACUCACAGACUUACAGGAAUCUGUAAGUAAUGUACGGAACUUAACUGCAGUAAAACUUGAAGACAGUCCAACUAACAGCAAGAAACCAACAGACAGCAUAGAAAAUACAGAGUCCAAUCAUUCUGCUGACAUUGGCACUUGUAGUGCCCAAACUGAAGAUGAGGAAGAGGAGGAGGAGGAAGAGGAAGAAGAGGAGGAGGAAGAAGAGGAGGAGGAAAGGGAAGAAGUACCUGAUUGUCAAAAUGAAGAACCAAAGGGAGCCCCAAUAUUAACUGUUUCUGGUAUUGCAGCUCGGCGAUAUGAACCUGAACGACUUCGCAAUGUUGCUGAGCAUAGGGGAGAUAACAGUCGGCGAACUGAUUCCUUAAACAGACGCUUUGAACAGCCAAUACCCAAUCCUCUAAUUCACAGACAGACCACAGAUUCUUAUCGGGAAAGAAGAAGAGGAGAAAGGGAUUUUUAUCGGAACACUCCUUACCCUACUGACCCCUAUGCUUAUACCUACACACAGGACUGGCAUCAGUAUUAUGCUCAGACUAAUCCAUAUAUGGCUCCACCUUUGAAACGGCCUUACGAGCCAUAUAAUCCUCAUCAUUCUUACUAUUCCUCAAAGUAUUGAACUACUGUUUUGUGAGGUUUUAUAAGCAGAAAUACUGUCUUGGCAAUUUUAUUGAUGAUUUUAACAGCUCUGUAAUAUUCCUGCAUAUACUGAAUGGUUUUGACUUGAGAUUUCUCAUUUAAACUGUUGGAUAUUCCAUAAAAUGUAAACAUCCUGUUCUCUCUCUCUCUCCUCUCUCUCUCCUUCACUCUCCCUCUCUCUUUCUAUCUCUCAUUUUUUGGCAAUGUCUUUGUUUUUGUUAUUUUAUCUUUUUAGAAUAAGGGAUAGCAAUGCCACAAAAUACUGAACAUGGUUUUAAGUUAAAGAGAACAGGCAUGACAUUAAAAAAAAAUCUUAUUUUUCCAAGUUUUGAAUUGAAUUAUUGUUUUAUUUAAAGCAUUAAUUCAAAUGGUUUCCACUGCAUAUCAUGAGGAGGAGAUCCUGCCAGUACAAAAAUAUAAUCUACAAAAAAAAUUUUAAAUAUAAGCUAAAAAAACAGUCAGACUGAAAGUUUUAUUCAUAAAAUGUUAACUGGAGUCAUUGAAUUCUUUCCAAUACGUUUUUGGAUUUGAUCCCAGUUUCUUGUAAAACCUAUAAAUCUGAUCUGAAGCACAAUGUGCUGCAGAAUAAAAUUUUAAACUUUUGAAAAAAAAAA